AUAUCAUUCCAAUUGCAGAGCUGCGCCCAGGGCGAUAUGACUACAUGAUAUGCGUCCGAAUAUCCAGGAUAUGGGAAUUUAGAGGAACUAAUGAAGAUGAUAACAUCAAACAUUUAGAUCUGGUUUUACUUGAUCAAAAGGUAAUACUAUAUCCUUUAUUUAUAUUUUCUCCUAACAUAUAUUUAUCAUUAAAUAUAUAUUAUUUUAUUAAAAUUGCAUGGCCAUUGCAGGGAGAUGCUAUCUAUGCUGAGAUCCCACCUGAUGCUAUACCUUUAUUGAACCAAUAUUUACAGGAAGGAAAUAUCGUCUACAUCAGCAAGAUAACAGUUAACAAUGCUAAGCCCAGUUAUAGAGCAGUUGGUAAUCCAUAUAUGAUCAAACUAAACAAAAGAACUUGUAUCAUUGAAGCCAAAGAUCAACCUAUGGAUUUUCCAAAGUAUACAUUUGACUUGGUGUCAUUUGAUAAACUUCACGAUUUCACAAGCAAGACUGAUCGUUUUCUAGGUACUAAAUUAACUUUUAUUUCAUUACACGUAACCAUAAUAUUCUAUAUGCAAUGUUAUAAUCAAAUACUUUAUUCUAUCUUUGCAGAUGUUAUUGGAAAAAUCAUUGCUGUUUCUAAUGCAGCAAUGAUUUCUACAAGUUCAUCAGAUUAUAGGAUGAGAAGAAUAGUCAAACUACAAGAUUUAAGUGGAAAAACCAUCGACCUCUCAUUAUCAGGAAAAAGAGCUGUUGAGUUUGAUGGAGAGACAAUACUGGAAGUUGGUCAAAAUAACCAUAUAAUAGCAAUAUUUGUUGGUACAUCAAUGAAAAUCCUUAAGGGAACAUAUGAAUUUCUAAGUGGAACAACAGCUUGUCGUUGGUAUAUCAACGAAAAUGACAUCCCUGAAAUCAAGAUGUUUCAGAAAUGCCUUCCACCACAUGCUGAUCCUAUACAAAAGCUAUACUUGCAAAGUGAUGAAGAUAUGCAACGGAGCAUUGAACACAAAACACUUGCAGAAUUGAAGGAAAUUGAUCCUUUUGUUGACAAGGAUGAAAAAUACCAGUGCACUGCUACUAUCAUUGGAAUUCAGGAAAGAAAAACUUGGUGUUAUCAAGCCUGUAAAUUGUGCAAUUGCAAGAUGAUAUGGGAUGGUUCUAUAUUAAAAUGCAAGAAAGAGAACUGCCCAUGUAGGCAGUAUGAGUACAAGUACAAAAUACCAUUCAUUGCAAAUGAUGGCACAGCUAGCCUUGAACUUGUGCUAUUUGAAAAGAAAGGUACAGAACUUAUUGGUAGGACUGCUGAAACUAUGAAAAGGCAAUAUGAUAUCAAUCAAACACCUCCAGAAAUAAAAGCAUGGAUAGGACAUAAAUUCACAUUCAUAGUGAAGGUUUUGCCGAACAUAACUAUCAACGCUGAUGAACCUUCAUUUGAGGUGCUGACAAUUAAAGAAAGAUUUGGAAGGCAACAUUCCAGCCAAGGCUUUAAGGCAACUAAGAAUCUUCCCAUCAGUUCAAGUUCAUCUCAACAACUACAUAAUUUACCUCCACUGGUGCCUAUACUAUCCAAGAAAAUACAACAUGAGAUAGAACCACCCCAAGAUAUUCAAAGCAUGGAAGUUGAACCAUAUAAUUUAGAAACAAGCACUUUGUCAGGAAAAAGAGCUUAUGAAGAUCCAAACAGUACAGAUCAGGAAAAUGAUGAAGAAGAAAGCACUGACUAUGGCUUCAUUCAGACAAAGGGCAAAAAGAAGCGUUCUACCUGA